CCGAACUUUAAGAAAGAAAGAAAUAUUUCAAUAAAUCUGAUGUUUCUAUCUUAGAUUCGUGACAAAGUGAAUUAUUUUAACUGCUGAUUGGUUGAUAUCGAUUCUGUAAUGACAUACUACACUAAUACAGAGCCAAAGAUAACUUCGAUCAUGACCCGCCAAUGACAGCUGCAGCCUAAAAUAAACUUGCUUGUUCAUGACAUGAUAAUAUCUAUAUUAUUCAAUGACAAUUCUAUGACUAAUGAUCCUUGACCAAGGCAAUUCCGAGCGUUUGUUUAUAAGUGUAAUGUCUUAAACGUCAUUUUUGUCCACUACGGGGAAAAAGUUUAUGACACGUUCUAUACAGUACGGGACUAAAUCCUGAGAUACUUUUUUAAGGUAGAUUUAUUAUCAACAAAAAGUGGCCUGUCGCUCACUGUAUGAGUCAAUUAAAGUUCAGGAGUCGCCAUUUUCCGCAGUGUUUCCGCGGAAGGUGUUAGAGCUGCAGGGCUUUUGGUUGGUUUUAAAAGUCACAAAGAAUUACGGAUAUUACGUCAAAGGAAAAGAUUAGAAUAUAAAAGUCUUUUAAUAAUUGGUGACCUUAGGUCAUAGUCACAUGCCUGUGGGAAAGAAAAAACGCGGUUAAUAAAGUUCUAUUAGAGAUGUUAAACAAGUGUCAAAAUAUUAGAUAUAAAAAACAAGGAAGAUCAACACUAUGCAGUGACUAAGGAGUAAUUCUGAAUUUCACCUUUAAUUAAUGUAUUACGUCGUAAUAUUUUCAUUGUUUAAUACACUUUUGAUACGCAAGCAUACUGUAUUUGAGCUUUUCUUUCAAUUAUGUUUACAAAAGAUCUGCCUUUAGGAUACAUCACGGAGUUGCAAAUUUCUCAACCUGUAAAUUUAUCUAUAUAAUUCUUUUAGCAGAAAUUAACAUUGUUAAUAAUUGUUGUCUAUUAUUUGCCGCGAUUCAAAUCAAAUCUACAGAGUGUCAUGAUGGAAAAAGAAGAAAAACUUAUUCAAAAAGUUUCAAAUCUUGAUAUAAGUGAAAAACCUCUCUUGGUUGACCUACCAGAAUUCAUCUGUAGCUUGAUUGCAUCUUAUUUGAAUCUGAACGAUUUUCGAAAUUAUCGUUUAACAUGUUCGUUUUUGUGCCAAUCAACAUACUCUCGCAUUGCAAUGAUCAACAUGAAUAUAAAUUUUGACUUCCUAACUGUUUCUGAAAAAGAAUUAUUUCGCUUUACGGCCUUCAUGGAAAAAAUGCAUAAUGGGAAAACAUUUAAUAAAGUAAAGAUAUAUGGUAGUUGUUAUGCACCACACUUUGAAGCCUCAGAUAAACUCUGCACUGCAUUAACUGCAGUAAAGGAUACUUUGGAAUUAGAAACAUAUUGUGACAAUCUAAAUUUUAUUGGAAAAUUUUGUCCAUCAAUUGAAAAGCUACGAUUACAUAGAAUAUGGCUUCUAGAACCGCAUAAAAUUACAGAUCAAACAUUUAGCAACUUUCCAGCCUUGAAUGAAAUAUAUCUUACGGGUAGGACUUUUCCUCUUGAAGUUCUUACUUGGAUUUUGGAUGGCACUCCUAUGUUGACAUCAUUUACAUUGGAAGACAUAACCUUCCUGUGUUAUAUUCCUACUUACCUACCUCCACGGCCUCCCCCAGAAAAAUGUUGCAGUUCUCCUAUACUCCAACAACGUAUUAUCGAACAACCAAAUGUUAUCGAACAACCAAAUGUUAUUGAACAACCACGUUUUGUUCCACCAAAAAUGCUAUAUCCUGAUGUGCAGAAAAGCAUGAGUAGUGUUACCAAUAUUCGCCAUUGGUCAUGGCAAAAUGUUGUGUUUGAAAAAUAUUUAGAGCUAUAUUUACCUGAAUCUGUUUCAUCAUUUGUAUGUAAUUUACAAAAUGAAUUUGUAAAAUGGAAACCAGAAAACAUCCAAAAAUUUAGUUACAAAGCACGGAAGCCGAGUGAAAACGACAUCGGAAAUCGCGUCCGAAAUAUUAUUUACGAAUUGCCUUGUGGAAUCAAAACCACGUGGAUUCCGGAAACUUAUGUAAACUUAACACAUUUAACGUUGUAUGAUGUUCAUUUUGUAGAAUCGAAUUUUCCACUUUGUAAACACCUGGAGUACUUAAAAUUAUCGGGAACGAAAAACACGCACGCUUAUCUAGAAGCUUUGUCACUGCACCCAGCCGAUGAGCUAAAGACGUUAACUUUAAUGCAUCUAACAGAACAUGUUGCCUAUAAAAAAUUUGUUCGCACUCUAAAUAACUUUGAUUCGUUGGAGUAUGUCAAAGUGGAAGAGUCUUUUAUCAAUAUUCAAUAUGUUGUCGAUGAGCUGUCGGCUAUGAAUUCUUGUUCUAUAAGACAUUUAGUUGUUUUUAAAGAUCAAGGGACAGAUAAAGUUUUCCAUUUCAAAAAUAACAAGAAGCCGAAGAAUUCCGCCAUUAUUGAAGAUCAAGCGAAAGAGAAAAAUACCACCAUCAGAAUAGACAAGUAUGUGAUGUAGUGGAGACUUCUCAUGGAACGAAAACGCGAUGUAUGUAACCUGCAACCAAAAUGGAAUUUUAAUUAUACAAAAAGAAAACAAAAACGUAAACCCAGGGUUUCAAUUAGAUACGAUAAAAAGUAAAUAAAUUUCAUUUGCAGUGGUCCUUAAGGUUUUGUAAACUUUUAUUUCAAAGAGAUUUUGAGCUUAAAUGCGUCAUGAUCCUGAAAAUAGACAGUUAUAACGAGAUAUACACAUGAUCAAUAAGUGCGUAUGUAGAACUUUUAUCUGUAAUUUUUAACUAGUUAUAUGUAAUUUUUUUAUUUUAGAAAAAAAAGAGCUAUCUCAAUUUUUGUUGCUGA